UUGAUUUUCAGAGAGGCGAGCCAGCAGCAGCGUUGCAGUGGUAAAAUACUCACCAUUGAUGCACCAGCUGGGUCCUUCUGGGCUUUCCGGCCUGUGCCGAGUCACCGACCACCUAUACCUCAGUAAUGGUAAAGCGGCUAAUGAUUCCUCCCAGGUGACUCGAUACAACAUCACUUGUAUAGUGACCGCCACUGAGACCAGGAGCAGCUGCUCUCCUUCUCCUGGGGUGGAGUUCAUCCACAUCCCGGUGUCUGACUCCCCGGUGUCUCCUCUUAUGGAGCACUUCGACGAGGUUGCAGAUCAGAUUGAGCGGACUGCGGAGGGCGGAGGACGGACAUUGGUGCACUGUAACGCCGGGGUGAGCCGCUCCCCCGCCCUGUGCAUGGCCUACCUGAUGAAGCACAGAGGUGUGACGCUGAUGGAGGCCCACAGGUGGGUGAAAACCUGCCGACCAAUGGUAAGGCCUAAUAGUGGUUUCUGGAAGCAGCUCAUAAUGUAUGAGAUGAAGCUGCAGGGGUGUAACUCUGUCCGCAUCGUCUCCUCCUCCAUGGGAGAAAUACCAGACAUUUAUGAGGAGGAGGCCAGAAACAUGAUGCCACUGUGAAGAGGUCAAUGUAGGCCACUGCAUCAACAACAGAGGAACAUUUUGUACUGUGUCACAUCCCUAAUGUGUUCUUUGAUCAGAACUUUUGUUAUUAUCUAUAACAUGUGUCGAUCUUCUUGCAAGUUAAGUUUCAAAUAAAGAUAUAAUCCUAUGUUGGAAAAAAAAA